CUGCCUGUCUGCCUUUCGACCGCACCCAGCCAACCCGCGUCCGUCCGUCCGUCCGUCAGUCUGGCCACUUGAGUUCGCCUCACCUCACCUCACCGAUAAGUUAGUUGUUUAGCGACAACCACCACACCACACCACAACACAAGACAAGACUAGACAAGACAGCAGUGAAGAGACGUGGAAGGUAUUUUGCACAUUUUCGCAGAUUUGCGCACGUCAUCGCUCCAAAUGGCAAAGUUGUCAGCGCUCCUCUCAAUCUUCGGUGUCAUACUGUUGUGGCCUUCAGUCCUGACAAAAAGCAUCACAUCCAUUCUUCACACCGCACACGCUGACUCCUCCAUGUCUGCAGGGCAUGGUGAAGAGCGCCUCCAUGUGGUGAAACGCUCCACCCAGCAUUGUGACUCCUCUUACGCUAACUACUGCAUGAACGGAGGUCAAUGCAUGCUGCUGGUGGAUGUCAAUGAACACCAUUGCAAGUGUCACAGCGGUUUCUACGGCCCCCGUUGUAGCAACCUUGAGCUGGUCUUCAAGCCAAUAGGAGAGGAGCAGAUUAUCUUCAUCAUCUUCUGUGUGACUCUGCUCACCAUGGGCCUGGCUGGAGCUGUCUAUUGCUGCUGCAAGUACAAGAAGAAUAAAUGCAAUCCGCAAAAGAAGCGGCAAGGCUACAAAGGAGUGCAGGCAAUGUAGCUGUGGAGUGUCCACGCUGGAAAUGAACACAUGAGCCCUUUUGUAACUUUUUCUAAGAAAUGCUACGUUUUUAAUUUAAAAGCUGCACUUUAGCUUUUGGCAUGGUGGAGCUAGUAUUUAUUUAUACCUUUCUGCAUUUUCUAUCCCUGAACAAGGAUGUUGAUAAUUUAUUCUUAGAAAGACUUUACGUGUACACUGGAAGUUCUGCCCCAAACCAAUAAAAUAGUUUGUCUUAUA